AUGUCUAAUUCAAGCGAAGCUAUUUCAGAGUCUCUACAGCCACCACCUCAAGAACAAUCAGAACCAACUAGGAUAGACACUGAGCCAAAUGAUACUAUGCAAGUGUCUACUUCAAGCGAAGCUAUUUCAGAGUCUUUACAGCCACCACACCAAGAACAAUCGGAAUCAGCUAGGAUAGACACUGAGCCGAAUGAUACUAAUUCAAGCGAAGCCAUUUCAGAGUCUUUACAGCCACCACAUCAAGAACAAUCGGAAUCAAUUAGGAUAGACACUGAGCCGAAUGAUACUAUUCAAGAGUCUACUUCAAGCGAAGCUACCUCAGAGUCUUUACAGCCACCACAUCAAGAACAAUCGGAACCAACUAGGAUAGACACUGAGUCGAAUGAUAAUAAUUCAAGCGAAGUUGUUUCAGAGUCCCUACAGCCACCACAUCAAGAACAAUCGGAACCAGCUAGGAUAGACACUGAGCCGGAUGAUGCUAAUUCAAGCGAAGUUAUUUCAGAGUCUUUACAACCACCACAUCAAGAACAAUCAGAACCAACUAGGAUAGAUACUGAACCGAAUGACACUACGCAAGUGUCUACUUCCAACGAAGAAUCUUUACAGUCACCACAUCAAGAACAAUCGGAUCCAAAUAGGAUAGACACUGAGCCGAAUGAUGCUAUGCAAGUGUCUACUUCCAGCGAAGCUAUUUCAGAGUUUUUACAGCCACCACAUCUUUCCGUUCAAGCCGACUCUGAGGCAACACAUGAAAUACCUCAACCCGAAAAAGACUUAUCAAACAAAACUGAAGAGGAACCAUCGGUAACUGAAGGAUCUAAAAUUGAAGAUUCAUCGAUGGUGGUAGAACCACAUAAAAUCGAAGAAUCAUCGAUGGUGGUAGAACAACAUAAAAUCGAAGAUGCAUCGAUGACAGAACCACCUAAAAUCGAAGAUUCAUCGAUGGUAGAAGCACAUGAAAUCAAAGAUUUAUCGAUGAUAGAAACACAUGAAAUCAAAGAUUUAUCGAUGAUAGAGACACAUGAAAUCAAAGAUUCAUCUAUGGCAGAAACACUUGAAAUCAAAGAUUCAUCUAUGGCUGAAACACUUGAAAUCAAAGAUUCAUCUAUGGCUGAAACACUUGAAAUCAAAGAUUCAUCUAUGGCUGAAACACAUGAAAUCAAAGAUUCAUCUAUGGCUGAAGUUCACAAGGCUGAUGAAGAUUCGACUAUGAUAGAAACCCACAAAACCGUGGAAGAUUCGAUAAUGGCGGAGGUACAUAAAGCCGAGGAUCAAUUAUUGGAUAAUUCUAUGGCCCUCACAGACUACUCCAAUGUACCACCACCUUCUUCACUUACCUCAGCUUCAGGACCAGUUGAGUUUAAUACUCAACAAGGUAUUAAACGAUCGCAUGAUGACAGCUAUAACUCACAUGGUCCAAGAGAAAGUCGAGAUGAUUACCGGGAUGACUAUCGUAGAGACUCUUACAACAGACGAGAUCGAGGAAGUCGUUACGAAGAUUAUGGAAGAGAUUCAAAACGAACGGCUUAUGAUGGUGGUUCAUCUCGCCCAGAGCACGAUAAUAGUAAUAAUAGACAUCGUUACGGUAUAGGAAGUGAAGAUCGACGUUCAUACCAUGGUUCCCAUUACGGACCACUCGGAGAUUCGUCUCGUACUUCAACUCAAGAAGAAUUUAAGGUACCUAAUGCAGUCGUAGGUUUAGUUAUUGGUCGAGGAGGAGAGAAUUUGAAACGAAUUGAAAAGCAGACAGGAGCACGGAUCCAAUUUUCACAGGAUCAACCACCGGAUGUUAUAGAAAGACGAGUAACUAUUACUGGCACACCAGAUGAUGUUAAGAAUGCCAAAGGGAUGAUUCAACAACUUGUCGAUGAUGCUAUUAACGGCAAUGCACUUAAUCGUCGCGAUUUGCAAGGUGGAGGUAAUCGCUCAACUAUCACAAUUCACAUUCCAAGUGGUAAAGUUGGUGUCGUUAUUGGCCGAGGUGGCGAAACCAUUCGAGACUUGCAGGAUCGAAGUGGUGCACGGAUCAACGUAACACCGGAUAGUGCAGCUAGUCCACAAUCUAAUGAUCGUUCAGUAACUUUAAUCGGAGAUGAAGCUGCUGUUCAAAGAGCCAAAGCUCUAAUUGAUGAAAUUGUAAAUACUGGUGAUUCUGAACCUAACAGGGGUUAUCCUAAAGAUUACCGUUCAAACAGCUAUGGUGGAAGCACUUAUAAUAAUAAUGAUAACCACGGUAAUAACUAUGGUGGUGGUGGUCAUUACGGGCCAUAUGGUGGACACCCUACAGGAAAGUCUAAUCAAGAUAGUAUCACUAUCCAAGUUCCAAAUGAUUCUGUCGGAUUAAUCAUAGGAAAGGGAGGAGAAACGGUAAGAGCACUUCAACAGCAAUCAGGAGCAAAAAUACAAAUUGAACCUGUUCAUGGUGUUCCGCCAGUCGAGCGCAACGUACAAAUUAUCGGUUCUGCUGAAAAUAUUACUGUCGCGAAACAAUUGAUUCUUGAAAAAGCUGCAUCUGGAAAUGUACUGUCGUUUGCCUUU